AGCCCAGCCCCUUCAGGCGACCGAACCUCUAAACCCGCCUUUUGGCUAGACAGCAAGGAUGCCCGCCGCGAGCAGGUCAUCUUCAUCAACGGACGUGUCGACAUCGAAGGCGUACCCGUCGGGGGCGACACAGGCGGCGGACCUGUCGCUUGCGCAACAGAAGCUCAAGCUUGCUCGACAUAGUUGCUGCUCAGCCUCAACAAGCAGCAGCAGCAGCAGAAGCAGCAGGCGCGACAAGGUGGGCGACAUCGACGACGAUGCCGUCGAGCUAGAGGACUAUGAGGAUGGUUUGAGGACCCCAGAGCCGGAGAACGGCGCAGGAUCAGGCAAGCUGUGCAACUGUCGAGGCUUCCGACCGCGUCCCGGCACUAAAGUCCGCGCGGCGCCGUAUUCAAGAAACGAGCGGGAGUGGGGAUGGGGGAACUCGUGUGGGCGAUGUGGGCAUGGGAUCGACAGCCACGGGAUUUCUAGUGAUGCGGGCGGGCUGGAGGAGGACAAAGCAGAGGAGUGGCUCAGGAGAGUCAAGGUGGCAGUUCGUUUGGACGAGAUGCUGGAGGACCAGAAAAAGCUGCUAGACUGGGACUAUGAAGACGAGGACAUGCAGUCAUUGAAAAAACAAUUGAGGGUGCUUGGACCGACAGAAUCAACGCCAAUGCCACGACGGCGGAAUGGACUAGACUCGAGGAAGAGAAAGUCUCGUUCUCCGGCAGACUCGAUGCGCUUAUCCAGUGUGGAACCGUCUUUGAGCGAAAGUUCAAUGGCUGUCGACAGCCCCCGGAGCGGUAGCAACGUGAAACGUCGAAGGAUGCAAUCGCGGUCAGCCACCACUUCUCGCUACCAAUCGCCAGCCAUCGCGACAGACGGAGAAGCUGAAGGACAGGGAAUCGGACAUGGCAAGAUGCCCAGCAAAUCGCAGAAGGGGCUGCCUCCCAAUGGGGAUGGUGCUGCACCUACUGAGGACUCUAGGCUUGCGACUGCCCACGACGAUGAUGAGGGAAAGCCAAAGGAGUACGUUGAGCAGGACGAGGCCGAUCUCGAGAAAGUCGUCCAGGGCGUCGCUAUGGACACCGGUGCGGAAGAAGACAAGCCCGCAGUGCCUCCUCGUCGUGAGCGGCCAGCUAUCAUUGAGGAGCGGUCUGGCCUGAUUCAGUUCCGAGUAGUCACCAACGACGGAUCGCCCGAGUCGAUGAUCAUUCUCACAGGUCUUAAGAACAUCUUUCAACGUCAGCUUCCUAAGAUGCCGCGAGAGUACAUCACCAGGCUCGUUCUUGACCGCAGCCAUUGGAGCAUGGCAAUCGUUAAGCGAGGUCUCCAGGUCGUCGGUGGUAUUACCUACCGACCGUUCAACAGCCGAAAAUUUGCUGAGAUUGUCUUUUGUGCCAUCACCGGCACUGAGCAAGUCAAGGGCUACGGCUCACACCUCAUGAACCAUCUAAAGGAUCAUGUCAAGGCGUCGUCGGACGUCAUGCAUUUCUUGACGUACGCAGACAAUUACGCCAUUGGAUACUUCAAGAAGCAAGGUUUCACAAAGGAGAUCAACCUCGAUCGGUCCAUCUGGGUCGGCUACAUCAAAGACUACGAGGGCGGCACGCUCAUGCAGUGCUCAAUGAUUCCCCGUGUGGAAUACCUCAAGGUUCAGGAUCUCCUUGCGGCUCAGCGCGAGGCCAUCGUGUCCAAGAUUCGACUCAUGUCGCGCUCUCACAUCGUCCAUCCCGGUCUGGAAGUCUUCCGAAAACCUGCCGAGCCGAAAGCGAAAGUCGAAGAGAUCGAAGAAGGUCAGGCAGAUGAGCCCAUGGAUCCCACGGCCCACUUCAAAGUGGACCCUUCAGAGGUGCCUGGUCUCAAGGAGAGCGCCUGGACGAUCGAGAUGGACGAAUUGAGCAGACGGCCGAAGAGGGGACCGCACCAUCAGCUCAUGCGCCUUAUUGUGUCGGAGCUUUCCAACCAUGCGGCCAGCUGGCCGUUUACGAAUCCUGUCAAUGCGCAAGACGUUCCCGACUACUACGAGGUUAUCAAGGAGCCGAUGGACCUGUCGACCAUGGAAACCAAGCUGGAGAACAAUCAGUACAGCACCAUCGACGAUCUCUUGCACGACGCUCAAUUGAUCUUUGACAAUUGCCGCGUCUACAAUCCGGCCACGUCCGUCUAUGCCAAGUCUGCCAAUCGAUUAGAGAGAUUCGUCAAAGACUCUCUUCAGGGCUGGAAACAACAAGCAGGGAUCCUCUAGUCUCGCACUCUCUCGUGCCGUGUACGAUUCAGAUUGUAACAAUAACAUUGCGAUUGGAGCAUCUAGGG